AUGUCCUCGUCAGACUCGCAGGAAAAGCGAGUGGAUAUGGGACUGACCGUUGAGCAUGCUGAGCACGACAACAAUGCUCAAUUGCCCCAGGAUAUUAAGUCCAUCCACAGCAGCCAGCCGGUGUGGGCUGAAAGAGAGACAUAUGGAAAGUCUGGUUUUCGCGGCAUAUUCACGAACAAAUAUGUCUUUUGCUGCGCAGCAUUCUCAACCCUCGGCGGUGCCCUUUUCGGAUACGACCAAGGUGUAAUGGCCAUAACACUCGGCAUGGAGCAAUUUCAAGACGUCUUUCCCGAGGUUCGAACCAAUGCCGCCGGAGCGGGAUUUCAAAAAGGCCUACUUACUGCCAUGAUCGAGUUGGGUGCAUUUAUCGGAGCCAUGAACCAGGGUUGGAUCGCCGACAAGCUGUCGCGUAAGUGGUCCAUCAUGGCAGCUGUCGUCAUCUUCAUUAUUGGUUCGGCCAUCCAGACUGGAUCCAUGAACUAUUCCACCCUUCUGGGAGGCCGGUUUGUAGGUGGUAUUGGCGUUGGCAUGCUGGCCAUGGUCGCUCCUCUCUACAUUUCGGAGCUCGCACCGCCCGAGAUUCGCGGUACGCUGUUGGUGCUUCAAGAGCUGUCCAUUGUCACCGCCAUUGUCGUUGCGUUCUACACCACCUAUGGUACAAGGUUCAUUGCGAGCGACUGGUCCUGGCGACUACCAUUUCUUAUUCAAAUGGCUCCCGCCUUGUUCCUCGGUGCCGGCGUCCCCUUUCUGCCCUAUUCGCCUCGCUGGCUUGCCUCCAAGGAGCGCGACGACGAGGCUCUGCAGGUACUGUCAAAGCUGCGAGGCUUCCCCACCACGGACGCUCGAGUUGUGCGCGAAUGGAUUGAAAUCCGAGCCGAGCACCGAUACUGCAAAGAGACUUCCAUGGAAAGACACCCGAAGCUACACGACGGUCGCUUGUCCAGUCGAAUCAAGCUAUACAUCGUCGGCUACCUUGAUUGUUUCCGCAAAGGGGCAAUCAAGAGAACUCACGUCGGCAUUGGUCUCAUGUUCUUUCAGCAGUUUGCUGGCAUUAAUGCCCUCAUUUACUACUCGCCAACUCUGUUUGAGACUAUGGGCCUGAACACUCAGAUGCAACUAGACAUGUCGGGCGUUCUGAACAUUUGCCAAGUAAUUGCAUGUUUAUGGUCUCUUUAUGGCAUGGACAGAUAUGGCCGCCGUACUCUGCUCCUGGGGGGUGGCGUCUGUAUGAUCAUUGCGCACUUGGUAAUUGCCGUUCUCGUCAGCCAAUACUCGACCAGCUGGGCAAGCCACCAGGCGGCCGCUUGGACGUCCGUCGCGUUUCUGCUAUUCUUCAUGCUGACAUUCGGGGCUGGUUGGGGUCCUGUUCCCUGGGCGAUGCCCGCAGAGAUCUUCCCUGCCUCUCUCAGAGCAAAAGGCGUGAGCUAUUCCACAAUGUCCAACUGGUUCAAUAACUUCAUCAUUGGUCUUAUAACGCCUCCUUUGAUUCAAAAUACCGGCUACGGAACCUAUGUGUUCUUCUGCGUCUUUUGCUUACUCGCCGUCGUCUGGGUCUGGUUUGUCGUUCCAGAGACCAAUGGCAGAACCCUCGAGCAGAUGGAUGAAGUCUUCAACGACAACAUUGGAGAUAUCGAGAUUACUCGCCGUGCCAGAAUCGAGGCGGAUCUUGCCGCUGAAUUGGGGCACAUGUCUACUCAAAAUGCUGUUUGA